AUGAGGGGCCGCAGGGGCGACCGCAUGACCAUCAACAUCCAGGAGCACAUGGCCAUCAACGUGUGCCCGGGGCCCAUCAGGCCCAUCCGCCAGAUCUCUGACUACUUCCCCCGCCGGGGACCGGGACCUGAAGGGGGUGGCGGGGGCUUCGGAGAGGCCCCUGCUCAUCUGGGCCCCCUGGCCCUGGCACCCCCUGCGGCCCUCCUUGGGGCCACCACACCCGAGGAUGGAGCUGAGGUGGACAGCUAUGACUCAGAUGAUACCACCGCCCUGGGCACGCUGGAGUUUGACCUUCUCUACGACCAGGCUUCCUGCACUCUGCACUGUAGUAUCCUCAGGGCCAAGGGCCUCAAGCCCAUGGAUUUCAAUGGCCUGGCCGACCCCUACGUCAAGCUGCACCUGCUGCCUGGAGCCUGCAAGGCCAAUAAGCUAAAAACUAAGACUCAGAGGAACACGCUGAAUCCUGUGUGGAACGAGGACCUGACAUACAGCGGAAUCACAGAUGAUGACAUCACCCACAAGGUGCUCAGGAUCUCCGUCUGUGACGAAGACAAGCUGAGCCACAACGAGUUCAUCGGGGAGAUCCGUGUACCCCUCCGCCGCCUCAAGCCUUCACAGAAGAAGCAUUUUAACAUCUGCCUUGAGCGCCAGGUCCCGCUGGCUUCACCCUCUUCCAUGUCUGUGGCGCUGAGGGGCAUCUCCUGUUACCUGAAGGAGCUGGAGCAGGUGGGGCAGGGGCCCGGGCUGCUGGAAGAGCGCGGCCGCAUCCUGCUGAGCCUCAGCUAUAGUUCUCGGCGCCGCGGGCUGCUCGUGGGCAUCGUGCGCUGCGCCCACCUGGCUGCCAUGGACGUCAACGGCUACUCCGACCCCUACGUCAAGACGUACCUGAGGCCGGACGUGGAUAAGAAAUCCAAGCACAAAACGUGUGUGAAGAAGAAGACUCUAAACCCGGAAUUUAAUGAGGAGUUCUUCUACGAGAUGGAGCUCUCCACUCUGGCCAGCAAGACUCUGGAAGUCACGGUCUGGGACUAUGACAUUGGCAAAUCCAACGACUUCAUCGGUGGCGUGGCCCUGGGGCCGGGUGCUCGGAGAGAGGCCCGGAAGCACUGGAGCGACUGUCUGCAGCAGCCGGACGCAGCCCUGGAGCGCUGGCACACCUUGACCAGCCAGUUGCCCCCGGCAGCCGGAGCCCUGCCCUCAGCCUGAGCAGGACAGCGGCCGCCCAGCACAGGGCCCUCAGGGCUGGGCCCAGUAGGCAGCCUUCGCACGAGUGUGUUGC